GAGCAAAGGCUUCUCGUGGGGUCCGGCUGGAGUUUCCACUGCACUUUUCACUGGUGUGGUGAUGAAGGACAUUAUCGAACGAGCAAAACCUCUGCGGAAGGCCAAGUACGUUUGCAUGGAGGGAGCUGACAAACUUCCUAAUGGAUAUUAUGGCACUUCGGUAAAACUCAACUGGGUCAUGGAUCCUAACCGGGGAAUCAUGCUGGCACACAAGAUGAACGGCGAGAUGCUAAGACCCGAUCACGGGAAACCGUUGCGCGCUGUAAUUCCUGGUCAAAUUGGCGGUAGAAGUGUCAAGUGGCUGAAAAAGCUGAUAGUCACUGCUGAGCCUAGUGACAACUGGUACCACAUCUACGACAACAGAGUACUACCCACCAUAGUUGACCCAGACGAAGCGGCGAAGAACACCAAAUGGUGGACGGACGAGCGGUAUGCCAUCUAUGAUCUUUCGCCUAAUUCAGCUAUCGCAUUCCCCCAACACGGAGAAGAAUUAGGCCUUUCUUCGAGUCAAAGUUCCUACAACGUACGUGGCUACGCUUAUAGUGGUGGCGGCCGGCGUGUAACACGUUGUGAACUGUCCUUGGACCAAGGAAAGUCGUGGAGACUCGCAAAUAUCGACUAUCCAGAAGACAAGUACCGAGCUUUCGAUGAUCGGCAGCUGUAUGACGCAAGGUUAGACAUGGACUGGCGUGAAACAAGCUUCUGCUGGUGUUUUUGGAAUAUUGAAAUUUCAACUGAAGAACUCAAACAAGCAGAUGACAUUGUAGUCAGAGUCAUGGACGAAGCCAUGUGCGUGCAACCAAAAGACAUGUACUGGAGUGUCCUGGGCAUGAUGAACAAUCCUUGGUUCCGAAUUAUGAUACACAAGGAAAACGACAAACUGCGGUUCGAACAUCCUACUCAGCCCGCUCUAAUGCCUGGCGGAUGGAUGGAGCGCGUCAAGAAGGCUGGCGGUAAUCUUUCCAACGGCCAUUGGGGAGAGAAGGUGGGCAAUGAAGAGCCAGAACAUGCCGAAAUCGAACAGGUUAAAGAGAUUAAAAUGACCAAAGAUGGAGUUGAUAGGGUCAUCGACAUUGACGAGCUACGAGAGCAUGACAAGGCAGAGAACCCAUGGUUCGUCGUGAACGGAGAGGUGUACGAUGGCACUGCAUUUCUGGAAGGGCAUCCUGGCGGUGCACAGAGCAUCGUGAGCGCCGCAGCAACGGAUGCUACUGAUGAGUUCAUGGCGAUUCACAGCGAAACAGCUAAAAAGAUGAUGCCUGAUUACCACAUUGGCACCUUGGAUGAGGCCUCUCAGAAGGCUUUGGCACAAGGCCAAGCGACUACAGGAUCCAACGAGCCCCGAUCCGUCUUUCUUCACCCUCGAGAAUGGCGCCAAGCUCAUCUCCAAUCCAAGAAGAAGGUCUCAUCAGACACGCACAUCUUCCGCUUCAAACUCGAUCAUGACGACCAAACCCUAGGCUUACCCACCGGUCAACACCUCAUGCUUCGUCUUCGGGACCCAGUCACCCGCGAGGCCAUCAUCCGCUCUUACACACCUAUAUCCCAAACCAACCAAAAAGGCUACUGCGACAUCCUCAUCAAAGUAUACGCCGACACGCCCUCCCGCGCCGGCGGCAAAAUGACAAAAGCACUCGACGCCAUCCCCCUCGGUCACAGCCUCGACGUCAAAGGUCCCAUCGGCAAAUUCGAAUACCUCGGUCGCGGCCUUUGCAGUAUCAACGGCAAGCAAACCAAGCAAGUAAAGCGCUUCUACAUGAUCUGCGGUGGAAGCGGUAUCACGCCUAUAUACCAGGUCCUUCGCGCAGUCAUGCAGGACAGGGAAGAUGCAACACAGUGCACUGUUUUGUAUGGAAAUCGCACUGUGGAGGAUAUACUUUGCAGGGAAGACCUGGAUGCUUUUGCGAAGGAGAAUGAGGAUCGGUGCAGGAUUUUGCAUACAUUGACGAAGGGGAAUGAGGAAUGGGAGGGGCGGAGAGGGCGGAUUGGAGAGGCGAUGCUCAAGGAGGAGUGUGUGAGGGGGGAGGGAGAGGGUAUGGUUUUGGUCUGUGGACCUGAGGCGUUGGAGAAGGCGACGUGCGAAGUUUUGGGGAAGUUGGGUUGGGAAGAAGAUGAGAUUUUGGUUUUUUAGUUGUUCACAGCAUGCAUCUAAGUGAAGCGUUUGUUUGGUUUUUUGCCAUAUUGGAUAUUUGGGUCUGGUUGAUACACAGUAGUCGCUUUUUUGACUCUCUCAUACUCGAUCAGGCAAAGCGUACGGUGCGAUGCUGGAUUUACUGCGACCCCAAUGGUUCCGUACCAUUAAAAAAACAAAUCUCAUUACUAUCGCGACACGCUUUCUCCUAUUUGAAUUGAUUUCAAGACACAAAAAAUUCUCUCAUCGAACACCAUCGGAAACGCACCACCAACCCCCAGCAUCUCCGAUGCCUCAACCCA